CAGAAAGUAAUUAUUGUAGUUUAAAAUAAAUCAUGAUAAAUUAAUCAACAGUAGAUAAAUUAGGCAUUGUAUCUAUUAUUAUGAGUAUUUUAUUUCAUAAGGAUAACUUACGGUUUAUUGAUCAUAGAGAUUUCAUUUCAAACAUAUAUAAAAAUGUGGAUAGUGAAAAUUUAAAUAAUAGCGGUGAUACAUCAUUUAGCAUAUCUCCGAAGCUUUUUUCUAUAAAAUGUGACAAAAAAGAAUCAGAUUCAAGAAAAAGAAAACACAAUGAUGCUCUUAUUGAAGAGGCCAUAAAAAUAAGAACAAUGUACAGUAACCUAGUCAACAUAUUACCAGCAGACAUAAAGAUGAAGUUAAAAAGUAAAUAUGAUUUAUUGGAAACCGCAGCUGUAAGAGAUCUUUCACAGCAAUUAUUUCAAUCAACAGCUAUUGAUUAUCAGGGGAUGUCGGGUGGAAAUAAUUCAGACAAACCAUUGAUACGUAAAAUUAAAGAUAAUGACUAUCUUAUACCAGAGAAAUGUAGAUUUCUCUGUGGUUGUGUAAAGGAACAGUGUAAGAAGUUGAGUGGUAACAAAUAUGAUAUUGUAAUCGCAGACCCACCCUGGUGGAACAAGUAUAUAAGGAGAUUGAAGACAGCAAAUGAUAAAAUGGGAUAUUCCAUGAUGUACAAUGAAGACAUAGCGUCCAUACCAAUCUCACAACUAUUAUCAGAAACUUCCCUAAUCGCAGUAUGGUGUACCAACGCACCAAGCAACAUUAAGGCCAUAAGAGACACUAUUUUCCCAAAAUGGGGAGUCGAAUAUAUAACUACAUGGUAUUGGAUGAAGGUGUCUAUAGAUUUAGAACCAAUUUGUGCGUUUGGCAGUGGGUCUAAGAAACAGCCAUAUGAGAGAAUUAUUAUUGGCAAAGUUGGUAAUGUUAAUGUGCCUGAGGAUUUGUUGAUAUCGAGCGUUCCAAGUGCUUUGCAUUCUCAUAAGCCUCCUUUGUUAGAUCUCCUUUCUCCACACAUACCAACUACAGAGCCAAAAGUUUUGGAAUUAUUUGCAAGAUACUUACUACCAAAUACUACCAGUGUUGGAUAUGAACCUCUGAAAUGGCAACAUUUAUCAUUGUAUGAUGUAACCUGAUUCAAAAUAAAUAUUUUGUAAUUUUUAAA